UCGGCACCGCUGCUGGCUCCGUGAGAGCGGCGCUCGCUCCUUUCCCCCUUCCCCUCCUCGCUCCCGCACCCCGUCCCUCCCUGCUGCCCUCCGCCUCUUCUCCUUCCCCGCCGGGGGCGUAGGGGCCAUGUCGGACUCGGAGGAGGAGGAGAGUCCGGACCGCCAGCUCAAGCUAGUGGUGCUGGGGGACGGCACCACUGGCAAGACAUCUCUAGCCACACGUUUUGCCCAAGAGACAUUUGGAAAACAGUACAAACAAACCAUAGGACUGGACUUCUUCUUGAAAAGGAUAAUAUUGCCAGGAAAUUUGAAUGUUACUCUCCAAGUGUGGGAUGUAGGGGGGCAAACGAUAGGAGGGAAAAUGCUGGAUAAAUAUAUUUAUGGAGCUCAGGGUAUUCUCUUGGUUUAUGAUAUUACCAACGGCCAGAGCUUUGAAAAUUUAGAAGACUGGUAUAAUGUGGUAAAAAAAGUGAAUGAAGAAUCAGAAACACAGCCACUUGUGGCCUUGGUUGGAAAUAAAAUUGACUUGGAGCAUAUGCGCACAGUGAAAGUUGACAAGCACCAACGAUUUUGUCAGGAAAACAAUUUCAGUAGCCAUUUCGUGUCAGCCAAGACAGGAGAUUCUGUCUUCCUGUGUUUUCAGAGAAUUGCUGCUGACAUACUUGGCAUCAAAUUAAACAAAGCAGAAUUGGAACAAUCACAGAGGGUGGUGAAGGCAGAUAUUGUCAACUACAGUCAGGAGCCUGUGACAAGAACCGUUAAUCCUGCUAGAAGCUCAAUGUGUGCAGUUCAAUGACCAUGCUAUUCUUCUCUGUUUUGAUACCUUUGGCGGUCCUCCUACCUUGACACAGGCUCUGGGAUUACCAGGGACUUUGUUUUAACAGUGUCCAUUGCAACAAUGCAAUUAGAGGUUUCAAAAACAUGUUGCACCAUUGUGCGUUGAGAAGCAGCAGGCAGUUUUUUGACUGGCCGAAAUUCAAACAUGACACCCUACACUUUGAAAAAUUAAGAUCUAUAUUCUUUUAAAUUAUAUUUAAAUAAAGCAGUAUAACUGCGUUUAUAUGUUUCCUCCUAUCUAUUUGACUGAUACCGGAAUAAAAAUGGAUGAAGUCCUUUUAAAGACAACACCAUGGAAGGGUAUUUUGCCAAAGCAUUUUUAAUUUUUUUUUCUCUUUUUUUUCUCCUGUGAUCUGAACUAACACUCAGCAAAAUGUAACUUGAAAAAGCUAUUGCUGGAAUAAUUUUAAGCACGUAAUAUAUUUUAUCUAGGGGUAAUUUGGAAACUAUUCCAUUAAUAUAUAUACAUAGUACAAAAUGUAUAAAUUGUAUCCAGUAAGAAACAGUGCUUGAAAUAAAGCUGUAAUAUAAAAAUAGUUACUUUUCUGAAGUCUCAAGUUGUCUCCAUGGAUGCUCUGAAAAAUGCUAGCGUUUUUGUGUAUUUUUAUUAC